AUGGCGGCAGCUCUGGUGCUGGGAAUCUUCAUUGAACAGCAGGACACCCCUAUAGUCAAAGCCAACAACAGGAACCUCACCUACAUUCUUCUCAUUGUUCUCCUGCUCUCUUUCCUUUGCACUUUGCUCUUCAUUGGCCAACCUGACCGGGUGACAUGUCCUUUGAGACAAACUGCUUUUGGCAUCAUCUUCUCUGUAGCCCUUUCUUGCAUAUUGGGGAAAACAACCAUAGUGGUCCUUGCUUUCACGGCCACCAAGCCAGGUUCCAAGAUGAGAACAUGGGUGGGGAAAAGGCUGGCCAACACUAUUGUCCUAUCUUGCUCCCUGGUGCAAGUCGUAAUUUGUGCUGUGUGGUUGGCAAUUUCUCCCCCAUUCCCAGACUCAGAUCUUUACUCCAUGGCUGAAGAAAUUGUCCUACAAUGUAAUGAAGGCUCAACCACUAUGUUUUAUACUGUCCUUGAUUUUAUGCGGUUCUUGACUGCUAUCAGCUUCAUGGUGGCCUUCCUAGCUAGGAAGUUGCCUGACAGCUUUAAUGAAGCCAAAUUUAUCACCUUCAGCAUGUUGGUCUUUUGUAGUGUUUGGAUAUCAUUUGUUCCUACCUAUCUGAGUACGAAGGGCAAAUACAUGGUGGCUGUGGAGAUCUUCUCCAUUUUGGCUUCUGCAGCUGGAUUACUGGGCUGCAUCUUUUUCCCCAAAUGCUAUAUCAUUAUUCUGAGACCUGAUUUGAAUAAGAAGGAGCAGUUAACAAAGAAAUAA